CAGUGAGUCGCUGCCGGUAGCGGCAGGUCUCUGAGGCGACGUUGGCAUCUCACCGCUCGCACCGCAGCGGGCAGACGCGGUAACGGCAGCGGCGCGGCACCUUGUCACUGGCCACCUUGUCCCUUUCUGCCUCUCCCACAGCCCUCUUCUCUGUUCCUAACAUUGUAGCCUAAAAACCAAACUAUAGAUCCUGAAGCUGCACAGUUACUCCUCGCGCUGCUCAUCACCCAGCACAAACUGACUGUUCUCGCUAAAACCUGUGUGUGGAAACUGCAGCUGUAGAACUGGAUCACCUGGAGAGACCAGCUGAGAAUCCCCGCUGGGGGAUGGACACCUCACCAACACCCAGCAAAAGGCAAUUCCUGCCUCAAAAUGCUUCCAGCCUAUGGAUGAAUGAGCACCAUAUCACAGAACCGUAUUUAGCCUUAUGAGGAGGAGAGUGUAUUUCCAAGAUCUUUGACAAUCUUUUUACCUGCCCUUCAGUUCCCCACUAGCUGUGUGUGAAGUUCGAGCAACACUGUUAGGAUUGAACCAGUGCAGAGUCCCAGCCGCCGCAGGUGCAGCAGCAGCAGCCAUCUGAACGGCUCUUACAGGACUAAAGCUCCAGUGUUAGCACAUGGUGCUCACUAGUGUCACCACUCUGUGUUGGAACACAACACACAACACACUCCUUGAGAGAAGUUGUCUGUUUUCCUCCCAGGGAUGUGUAUGACAGGCAGGAGCCUGGUGAAUUCCAGUUUAAAACCCGCGAAUGGGAGCUCAAGCUGGAGAGAAGGGCAGGUUGUGGGGCUGGGUGUGGGACUGUCAGUGAACCAGCAUGCUCCCUGCUCACAAAGCUGCUGUCUGUUCUUUGGUGGAGGGGCAGGAUUCCGUGAUUCCAUGUACAUAUGUAUUUUAUUUCCCCAGGCUGAAAGAAAGAUGCACAAGCUGCUUCAUAAUUAUAUAUCCGGAGAAGAAGAAACAAUUGCAAUUGUUUUGUGUUUAACUUAGAAGAAAUCUGUGCUGAUUUAAGGACUCUUAGUACAGUGCUUAAUUACAAAUAAAUAAUUAUGUUCAAAGUUCUUGGUACAGAAGAUGGUCACAAUGCAAUUUUAGAGCACUGGAUUUCAGAAAGAGGGGGUUUUGCCAGAAAGGCCAGGAGGCUGAAAGGAAAAAUUAGAAAAGUUAUCUGAGAAGUUACUCAACAUUCUAAACUGGAGAAAAAUCAUCAUCAGAGGAAGUUCUCGCCCACCUUUUAUACUUUUUAUGAAAGGUGAAUCUAAUUGAGGGGACAAACAAAGCCCAAGAGAAGUAUACUUUUAUUUUUGGACAAUCUGGACCAAACCAUCUGCUGAGAUCACUGGACAACCCUAAGAGAUGACUCACAGGGGCUGUGUUUUGUCUCCGCUGCUGCCUUCCCCUGCAGCCACUAACUGAUAGACAGGAGCCACUCUGCAGCAAACCUUUGAUUUCAUUUUGCUCAGGGUGAGCUCACUGAAGGCAAACCCACAGACCCACUUGCAGUGAGCCUCCAGCAAAUCUCUGCACUGUAACCAGUCUUGCUCACAUCAUGCCUGACGCUGGGUCCCAACACGCACAGCACUGCCCUGGGGGGAAAGCACUGCUGCUCUGGGGGGAAAACAGGGUACCCUGGGACAGGAGGGACAAGUGGAGCCCCGCUGGAGCACCGGAACCCAGCCUUGGGAGCCUGGUGGCACCCCUGCUGUGUCACAAGGCCCGUGCAGUUCUGGAAGCCCUAGGGGUGCCCAGAGCAGCCCCGGGUGCUGGACAGCCUGCAGUGGCUGCCUGAGCCCAGGGUAGCAUGGAGUUCCUGGGCACCACACAGCUAGCCAGUUACUGUGGCCCCAAGAAAAGCUGCCUGCUCCCAGAUAUAGCUCCCACCACCACCACCAAGGACACCUACCAGGCCUACUACCUUCCAGGCUACCGCCAGCUCAGCACCUGGCGGCCUGGUCUGCUCCACAAGGUGGUUUCGGUCCCUCCCAAUGAUGACAAUGGGCAAUUUAACCCCAGCGGGCGGCCGCCCACCGUCCUGCCUGCGUUGCGCUCCAGCCUGCAUGCCCGCUACAGCACUCGUGACUGGCACCACGCUAACAUGGUCCAGUUAAAAGGCUCUGAAGUCUCCAGGUACUGUGCUGGUAGAAUGAAUGUGGAUUCAGUGAGACUGAUGCAAGACAAGGAUCAACUGACUUACCAGAUGCAAGAAGACAGCCGAAGAAAUCUGAUAGAGAGGAUCUCCAACAUUGCUUACUGGCGAUCUGAGCUCAUGUAUGAACUAGAGUGUCUGCUGAAAGAGAACCAAGCCUUGGAAACAACAAAGAAGCGUCUGGAAUGUGCUGUGGAUGAACUGCAAGGACCACUGAAGAUAGCCCUAGAAUGCUUGUACCACCGUGAGAAGAGAAAGGGUAUAGACUUAGUUCAUGACGAUGUGGAAAAGAACCUCAUAAAGGAAACUGAUGUAUUCAAGGAAUGCCAAGAAAUACUGGCAAAACUUGCACAGAAAAUCGAUCAACAGCUGGGCAUCAACAGAGAUGCACAGCAUGCCCUGGAGCAGGAUCUUUCUGACAAGAACUCAGCCCAUUUUAUUGAUGAGAAAUGCUUUAACCUGAGGAACACAUCAGACAGCAUCAACUUUUACUAUGGAGUGGAAAAAGCAGAUAAGACUGUUUCAGUUCCUGCAACAUGGGCUAAAUUCAGUGAAGACAAUAUCAGGUACUCUCAGCAUGCCAGGGCCAACUCUGUCAAGCUGCGAGAGGAUGCAGAGGUCGCACUGGAGAGCGCCUCUGAGGAGAUGUGGAAUCAGUUCAUCAGUACCAACCUGGCCUUUAAUAAGCGGAUUGCUGAAGUGGCUGAUGCAAAGAACAAACUCCAAGCACAACUGGCCAGGGUACUUCAGGAAAUCUUCCAGACUGAAGAUACAAUCAUGUUAUUGGAGAGAUCCAUAAAGGCAAAGGAGUAUCCACUGAAAGUGGCUCAGACCCGCCUGGAAGGACGAACCAAACGACCCAACAUAGAACUCUGCCGUGAUGCACCUCAGUUUCAGCUUGUGACUGAAGUUUACACCAUAGAUGACACCAUACAGACCUUAAAGCAACAUCUGCAAGAAGCUCGUGAUACUCUGCACAUGCUGAUGGUCAACAAAUCAAACCUGGAACAUGACAUUGCUGUGAAGGCAAACUCCCUCUACAUUGACAAGAAGUGCAUGGACAUGCGCAAAGUCUUCCCCAGCACCCCACGACUCAUUGGCUACACUUGAAUUGUAACCUUUGAUAACAUAAAAGUUGCAAAGGUGCAAAUAUUUCCCUAAGAAAAUAAUUAUUAUUCUGUUUUCUCAAGUAAUAAAGCCCAAUAGAAAUAAACUUAUUAAAAUUAA